UUGCUUUGAUUGACAUAGAUAGGAAUUAUUAAGCAUUCCUUAUUCUCCGAAAGAUGGAUAAUUUACUGGAAGCUACGGAUUAAAAUAGUCGGACAUAGAAAAACGUUUCUGUUCCUGGUUGGAAUAUUGAUCACGUAAUUGUUCCUUCGACGACAUCGACUUUACCAGAAUAGCAGACAUUUACAUGGUCCAGGGAUUCCUAGUAAACAGGAGUAGAUAGACAGACGUCAAGAGAUUAAACCAUGUAAACACAUUCUUUGAGAUAUGGGGAAGAUUCAGACAUUCAUUAUAGAAUUAGAAAAUCAUCAAGGAGUAUACUACCCUGGACAAGUUGUCCGAGGUGAAAUAGUAAUAGAGUUAAACGAGGCUGUGAAAAUUAGAGAAAUAAGGAUAACUUUUCGGGGAGAAGCGUACGUUGAUUGGCCAAGUUCAUCAAGUCCUUAUGAAGAAACGUCCGGGCCAAAGAAAGGGGGUUUCCGGUUACCAACGGAUGAGCACUUUUCUGCUUCAGAAGAAUACUUUAACAGAACGAUACCAUUAUUUGGAAAAGGACGUGGUGAAGGAGAUAGUAACACCCUCCCUAUAGGACGUCAUGCUUUUCCCUUUGACUUUGGUCUUCCGGAUAUUCUCCCCUCGUCAUUCGAGGGCCCCUGGGGCUAUAUACGGUACUUCAUUAAUGCCACCAUAGACAGGCCGUGGAGUUUCAACACAAACUACAAGAGGCCAUUUACUGUCAUAUCACCACUGGAUCUAAAUACCCAAAAGAACGUAAUGCACUCCACAAGUAACAGAGGAUCCAAGAGAAUGUUCUGUCUGUGUUGUAAGUCUGGUCCAAUAUCGGGAACCAUUCAUCUUGAUAGAAUUGGGUUUGUUCCUGGAGAAAUGAUCGAUAUAAACGCCGAAAUUCAAAAUCUGUCCUUGUUUGAGUGCGACGUCUGGGCUAUUUUAGAAAUGAAGACGAUAUACUUUUCUAAAAUUUUCAAGGAACGAUCUGUUACUAACAGAAUAAAAAAUCCUCUCAAACGUACAGCCACAGAAGAAAAGAUUUCAGAGGUUUUAGUUUUUCUGCCAAAAAAUCCGGCGAGAAUGAAGACCUAUAAAACACGAAAGCUCAAAAAGGAGGUAACCAAAGUCAUGCAUCUAGGAGUCGGGGGUGGUGAAUCAAUUGUUUGGAAAGGAAGUGGCCUUGCUAUUCCCCCUGUGCCCCCCUCAUUUCUGGAGGGUUGUAAUAUCAUUGACAUUCGAUACUUUUUAAAGUUGGUCAUCCAAACUCUUGGCCCCUCGUCCAAUUUAGAGAUUCCUAUAGAGGUGAUCAUCGGAACAGUACCAUUACGCCCUCAGUUGGCGCUUCAGAAUCAUUGUGUUGUCACAUCGUCAGCCCCGCCCAUGUCAGUGCCUUCAUUUGCCAGUGACAGCCAACCACCUAGUUACUCAGAAUGUGUCUUUGGACGGUAUGACAUUACAGAUGAGGGAGAUAACAAACAUACGCAGGGUCAGCUUGAGUUCGCUCCCGUCUACACUUACUACAACAAUGCCAACCCAUCUAACAUGACGGAACCAAAAGUCUCCGUAUAAUGGAAGAAAGAAAAAAAAAACUUUAAGCAUUAUAUUGUGAAAAACAAUUUAUUUUUGUAUGAGAGAUAUAAAUAAUAUAGAUAUUUAUUAUUAAAUA